AUGUCGGGCCUUCAAACUCUCUUCGCACCGGCUCCCGAGCCCAAAACAGAGCUCGGCCGCUAUCGCGUGCUCUCCUCCACCGCCGGUGUCAGGGUCUCCCCACUCUGCCUGGGCGCCAUGUCCAUCGGCUCUGCGUGGUCCUCGUUCAUGGGUUCCAUGGAGAAGGAGGACUCGUACAAGCUGCUGGAUGCGUUCGUCGACGCCGGAGGUAACUUCAUCGACACCGCCAACAACUACCAGAACGAGGAGUCCGAGAAGAUCCUCGGCGAAUGGAUGGCCGCUCGCAAGAACCGCGACAUCAUGUUCGUCGCGACCAAAUUUACUACCCAGUAUCGCAAGCAAGAGCUCGGACCCGGCAAGUGUGUCAACUACUCGGGCAAUCACAAGAAAUCGCUGCACCUCUCGGUCCGCGACUCUCUCAAGAAGCUGCAGACCGACUACAUUGACCUGCUCUACAUUCAUUGGUGGGACUGGACCACUUCUAUUGAGGAACUGAUGGAUUCCCUCAACAUCCUUGUUGAGCAGGGUAAGGUCCUGUACCUUGGUGUUUCUGAUACACCCGCUUGGGUUGUUUCCGCCGCGAACACCUACGCCAGAGCUCAUGGCAAGACCCCGUUCUCCGUAUACCAGGGUCGCUGGAACGUCUUGAUCCGCGAUCUUGAACGGGAAAUCAUCCCCAUGUGCCGCCAGUUUGGUAUGGCGAUCGCACCAUGGGACGUCCUUGGAGGAGGUAAGCUGCAGACCAAGAAGCAGCUCGAGGAGCGCCAAAAGGCCGGCGAGGGUCUUCGUGCUAUGUUUGGCCAGGGUCAAUCCGAAGAACACCGCAAGGCCAGCGAAAUUCUUGAGGAGGUCGCAAAGGAGCAGGGUACAGACAGUAUCCAGCAGGUUGCCCUUGCAUACGUAAUGCAGAAGGCCCGCUACGUUUUCCCCAUCGUUGGCGGCCGCAAGGUAGAGCACCUACACGACAACAUCAAGGCUCUCAGCAUUCACCUGACGGAGGACCAAAUCAAGAAGAUUGAGGGUUACAAGGAAUUCGAAGUCGGGUUCCCUAUGAACUUCAUCUUGGAUGAUCCCCGAGAGGGGGGUCCGACACCUACUUUGGUGGCCGCGUCUGCGCCGAUGGCGUGGCAGCGCAGCGGCAAGCCGAUUGGUCAUGAGUGA